AUGGCUUCCAGACCUCCUCUAUCGCCCCCGGUAAACGAGACGGAGCACUCCGUCAGCCGGAUCACUCGUGAGGGGAAGAAGCUUACAUACAAGCUUACUGUGAUGCAACAACCGGAGCGGGCAAGAGCAUGCGGUGCAGGCGCCAAAUGUACGUAUCUGAGUCCGCUUCAUAUGAAUUGUUUGCUUGUGAAGAGACUGACAAAAUUGUCUCCGAUAGCUUCUGCCGACCGUCACAACGCACGUCCAAUGGCACAGGGAAGACUUGCUCCAACUCCAACAUUCCCCGUCCUCACAGGCGUGCCCGUGGCAGGAGUGGCAUAUCUUGACCGCCCGUUUCCGGCGGGAUUUUUCAUCUUUCCGGAUUUAUCGGUGCGUCACGAAGGGCUUUACCGACUGAGCUUCCAUCUUUACGAGGAGACCAAGGAAAGCAAGGACGUGGACGAGGGAGCGCCGAUCCCGUCGCCAAUGCUCAAGACGAACCCAUCAAAGCCGAUGACACCAAAGUCGUUCCUCGAAUUUCGCCUCGAGGUUGUGUCAGUCCCAUUCACGGUCUUCAGCGCGAAGAAGUUCCCGGGUCUGACACAAAGCACACAUCUGAGUCGGAUCAUUGCGGAGCAGGGCUGCCGUGUCCGUAUUCGGCGCGAUGUCCGUAUGAGACGUCGCGGAGACAAGGGAUCUGAUGACUAUGAUUAUGACGAGGAUAGGAUGAUGAGCAGCCGGCGUGAUCGCUAUUCUACCCCCGACACUUAUCCGACUCCAGCCGAGCGGCCACGGUCGACGAGCAUUGGCACCGUUGAUCAAGGUUAUGGCCCUGAGGCCUCACGCCGUCCGUCUGCGGCAGAAUAUGGCUUCCAGAACCCGCGACUCUACCAGCAUCCUAUUGCUCAUGCCCCAGCUCCGACUACAGCAUCCACUCCCUCACCCGUUACUCCGGCUGCAUUUGCAACGCAGAAUUCUACGUAUCAAUCGCACCUCUCCUUCGGAUCGACGCAAGCUCAGUAUUCCGCACCUCAGAUACCAAGAAAUCCUUCGUCUGGGUCAAUGCCAGUCACUGCCUACUCACCUCAUCCGACGCACUCGCAUUCUAGAAACCCAUCAACCAGCACCGAGCAUGAGAAAGAUGCGCACCGAAUCUACUUACCACCUAUUCGGUUGGACCCAUCACAUCCAGCGCCGUCACCCACUGAAUCACGUUCAUCCGAUCCUCCCAUGUAUCCAGUAGUCGCUCAGCACACGCCAGCUCACCCCUCACGCAGCGGCAACAUUCUUCCGCCGAUCAGUGCGAUCUCGGGCGAGAUCCCCAUCAAUAUGCCUCGGCCGCAGAACAACACUGCUUCCAGCCCUGUUCAUGAAAUAGCCCAGAACAAACGGCUAUUGUGGGACACCAACUCUGGACCGACAUUCUCCAAGCGAACGCACGAAGAAUCCUUCGGCCAUGCAGAGCGCCCACUGCACAACGGCAUGCGCCCCGAUCGAGAGCCCACUCCUCCAUUGGAGCGACGGCUUUCCGAUGCCCGACGUGAGGCAUCGUACAGCCUGUCCCGGGACGAAUUGGCAUACAAGCGAGCCAACGGCAGGAUGGCCUCGAUCGAUGACCGUACGGAGGGGAAGGGUGUUGACGCGCUCGAGACCGAUCGUCAGCUCGAACUAUCGCUUCAGUCCAUGUGCGCCGACCCCCACGUGGUCCACCAACAUAAAAGCCCCCGUCGCAAACAUGCGCGCACCAUUGGUGACUCUACCGCCGAUGAAUCCGAAUCCGAGUCGGACGAUUCCGGUCGAUUUGACGAUGCCGAAGAGUCGAACUAUCCCUCCCGCGCGCAGAGUAGAUCCCCGUCCGUUCAUUCGGCAAAGCGACGGCGGUCGAAUGAGUGGCCUUUACAGUUGGAGAACGGCGGGGAACCUUUGAUACCACAAGAUAAUGAUGAUCAACAACAUCCUGUUCAAAGGGCUGCGGGUAGCAGCAACAAGACGGGCGGGCACCGGAAGCCGUUCCAGACUGCAGUGGGUAAGAUCUCUCCACGGACCUCAAUGGGAUCCGGCCGGUUCGGUCGCCAGACUGGUGCGUCCGGUCGGGGCCGACGAUCGCGGUUCGUCGAGGGAACAAUGAGCGAUAGCGUGAGCGAGAAGCCACCAAGUAUCUUCCUGCGCGAUGAUGCACGCCACGCGGGAAAUGGUACGGGCCAGCAACGGGGCUCGGGUAUAUUCCGGUUUGGAAAGGCGAUUGCCUCCGCCUUCAAUCCCUUCGGCGCUUGGGGGUGGAAAAACAAUGCUGAGGCCAACAAACAGUCGGACGAUCCGCUUGCUCAGGCAGAGCGGGCCUACGCGGAGCUUAAGCGCUCCGGAUACAAGGGUACAGUCAAGGGCAGCUAUAUACGGAGCUUGGAUGGGGAGUCUGGAGUUCCUCCCAAGUCCUGGAACCCCAUCCCAGAGCCAGCGACUUACCGGCCCAUGGCGCAUCAUUCGAGACAGAACUCGGGAGAAGGGAACGAGUCUGGAGGGUCUAUUCGAUCCUCGUUCCAGGAGCUGCGCAAGGCCAAGUCAUCCUUGGGCAUUCCAUACAUUAAGCGCUUGGACUCGAACAAGCUUUCAUCCGAGGAACAGCCGGAGGGCGCGGAAGUGCGACGACAGAAAUCGCGUAAAGAGCUUCAGCGACAGGCCAAGCUGAUGAAGCGCGUGAGCGACCUGGAGCUCAAGUUACAACGGGCGCGUCGGGAACUGCACGACUUGGUUGGCGGCGAGGAAGAAGAAGUGCAGGCACCGACUCCCCUUCUCGACAAACCAUACUCUCGCAAAUUUGUCCCCGGUGCACUUCCCUCGCUUCCAUCGGAGCGGUUGUUGCACAGUAAUAGCCAACCGACUUCCCCUCGAGCCGUGUCGACACCUUUACUCUCCCUGGCGGAGAACAUUUACCAGAAUGAGGCUGGCAAAUCGCAGCAGAAAAUCACGCCAAGCAAGCUUAUAACCGGUACGCAGCAGCAACAGGAUGGUAUGACACCACGAACACCUAAGGAUCCCCAGCCCCAAUCGUCUUUGACCGCAGACAGUCCCACACUCAAACGCAAGUCGCCCGACCCUGCAUCUCUAAAAAAGAUCCAGCCUGAAUCAACGCAACAUACAGACAGCCGCCACUGUUACGGAACAGCCAGUACAUCCACUCCUCGUAAGCCUAAACUGCCGAAGAUGGGCCCCGGCGACAGCCCCGGCUCCGUCGAGCGAAAGCAUUCUGCCUCCGGUCGUUCCCCGAAUACCCCCAGCGAAGAACGCGGCCGCAGACGCUCCACCCCCCUCCGAUCAUCACCCAGCAACCCUCGCUCGCCUUCAGCAGUGGCGGCACGUAGACGCGCCUCAAAUUCCAGGAACCGUGCCCCCCAGCCUCAGCCUAGCCUGCGGAUGAAAAAGGGCCGCCCAGAUCUGCGAUCAGCCAAUGCGGGCGAGAGCUUAAUGCUGCCUAAUCCGGGUGAGGCGGAUGACCACGACAAGGAAAAUCAGCAGGCGCAGCUGCAGCUGUACAGCAGCAGCGUCGCGCUGGUGAAGGCAGAUCAGUUCAAGGAGAUGUCCAUAACGACAACUCUGGCAUCCGGGGAGGUAAUGACCAGCCCCAGUCUCAGUUCGUCUCCGAGCAAGAAGAAGUCGGCUCGCUACGAGUACAUCCCGCCUGUGCCACCGCUCCCGAAGAACCUGUCUGCCACAGCGGCGAAGGUAGACCGACGGCUAGCGAAGGAGAUGGGCAAGAAGCGGGAGGCGCGGGAUCGCGAAAAGGCGCAGGCACAGCCCCAACCCCAGCCUCAGCCCCAGCCCCAGUCGCCGUUGGGACAGAAGCUUGAGACUGUGGGAGCGGGCAAGCGGUCAGGCUCGGGCGGUGCGCACAGCUUCCAAUGGCCGGAGGAUUUUUUCUGA